AUGGACGCCUACAACUUCCCUGAUGCCCGCCUCAAAAAGAAGCUCGAUGAUCCCUCAAAGACGCCUCUGUUGCUCGUUGCUUGUGGCUCAUUCUCACCAAUAACCUUCCUCCACCUGCGCAUGUUUGUUAUGGCAGAUGACUUUGUCAAACACACCACAAACUUCGAAGUCAUUGGCGGCUAUCUUUCGCCUGUCUCCGACGCAUAUAGAAAGCAAGGGCUCGCUCCAGCCGAGCACAGAGUGGCAAUGUGCCAGCUAGCCAUUGACAAGGCUUCCAACUGGCUAAUGGUUGAUACAUGGGAAGCCGAGAAGAAAGAGUACUCCCCAACCGCUCACGUUCUCGACCAUUUCGAUCAUGAGCUCAACGAGGUUCGCAAGGGCAUAGAUGCCGGUGAUGGUACCCGCAAGCCUGUCCGAAUUGCCCUCCUCGCUGGCGCCGAUUUAAUUCAGACCAUGUCUACUCCUGGCGUAUGGAGCGAGAGCGAUCUCGACCACAUCCUUGGCCGUUACGGCACAUUCAUCAUCGAACGCUCCGGCACUGAUAUCGAUGAGGCUUUGGCCAGUCUACAACCGUAUCGCGAGAACAUACAUGUCAUACAGCAACUCAUUCAGAAUGACGUCAGCAGCACAAAGAUUCGACUAUUCUUACGACGAGGCAUGAGUGUACAGUAUCUCAUUCCGGCACCCGUCGUUGAAUAUAUUGAGCAAAACCAUCUUUUCGGUGAGGACGGUCGUACUUCAAGCAUGACUUCUGCCACUCAGCAAAGCAGUGAAAAGGGCAAAGAGCCGGCCGAGCCAGCCGAAUCAGCUACGACUUCGUAA